AUGAAGUUUUCUUUUUCAGAUGUCAAUCAGAGCGGUACCAUUGAAAGGAAGGACUUCGAGUUGGCUAUUGAGAAAAUCUGCAGUCUUCGCGGCUGGAAACCUGGAGACCCAAAGAACACUGAAACUCACGAGAUUAUGAUCAAGAUUUGGGAAGGGCUGAGGAAGAGAGCUGAUUCUAACAAGGAUGGCCAGGUGUCAGUAGAGGAAUGGGUCUCUAUGUGGAACGAUUAUGCUCAGAACCCAUCUGCAGCUUUGCAAUGGCAGCAAUUAUAUGCCCAGUUCAUGUUUCAACUGGAGGACGCCAGUGCUGAUGGAACCAUAGAUUGUGAUGAGUUCACCACCGUUUGCUCUUCUUAUGGUAUUAACCCCCAGGAGUGUAAGGUGGCUUUCGGCAAGAUGGCUAAGGGCAAGGCAAGUGUCUCUUGGGAGGAGUUCCAGGAUUUGUGGAAGGAAUAUUUCUCUACAGAAGAUCCUAAUGCGUCAGGAAAUUUUAUAUUCGGCAGAACUAGUUUCUAA